GGGUCAUCGGGACGCUGCUGGGGACCGUGGACAAGCACUCGGUGGAGGUCACCAACUGCUUCUCCGUCCCGCACAACGAGUCCGAGGAUGAGGUGGCUGUGGAUAUGGAAUUUGCCAAAAACAUGUAUGAGUUGCACAAGAAGGUGUCUCCUAGCGAGAUUAUCUUGGGCUGGUAUGCAACAGGUCAUGACAUCACGGAGCACUCAGUCCUGAUCCAUGAGUAUUACAGCCGGGAAGCACACAAUCCUAUCCACCUCACUGUGGACACAAGUCUCCAGAAUUCACGCAUGAGCAUUAAAGCCUAUGUCAGUGCCCCAAUGGGAGUCCCUGGUAAAACUAUGGGCGUGAUGUUCACACCCCUAACAGUGAAAUAUGUUUAUUAUGAUACAGAACGGAUAGGAGUGGAUCUUAUCAUGAAGACCUGCUUUAGCCCCAAUCGAGUGAUUGGCUUGUCCAGUGACUUGCAGCAGGUGGGGUCAGCCUCAGCCAGGAUCCAGGAUACCCUGACCAUGGUGCUGCAGUAUGCUGAGGAUGUGUUGUCUGGCAAAGUGGCUGCUGACAACACUGUUGGGCGCUUCCUGAUGGAUCUUAUUAACCAGGUGCCAAAGAUUUCACCAGAGGACUUUGAGACCAUGUUGAACAGCAAUAUCAAUGACCUGCUGAUGGUAACCUACUUGGCAAAUCUCACACAGUCACAGAUUGCCCUCAACGAAAAACUUCUGAGUUUAUAAAGAAACUUUUGCCACCCUACACUUCAAGGAGCGUGAAGAAUGAAAAGAUACACUUUUCUGUGGUGUUAGAAAUUUCCUUGGACUGUAAUUUAAUUACCUACAUGACUUGGUUUACAUUUCCAUUGCUCUGAAAAAUCCCUAACAUGCUUUAGGAAAUGAAUGGGAACGGCUGUAGUUCCAUUGAGCCUGGUAUUUUAAAAUGGAAUAUGAAAAUCUUUUUGUCUCCUGGAUUUGUCUACUUGUAUAACAAAAUACAGCUUUAUUGUAAGAAUGUAUUUGGAAUAAAAGUUCCAUUGCAGUGGCAACAAUGGCUUCUGUCCAGAAAAAAAACUUUCUCAUUUAUUGUAUAAUGAAUCCUUUUGAAAGGGGGAGGGUAAGAUUGCAUCAGGAAAGAAAGAACGGCUGUGAGUGAACUCCAGUUCUAUGCAGGUUUUUUUUUUCCAGCUGUUAAAUCAUAUUGAAAGUGUGGGUAUUUGUGUUGUAUAUAAUAUACUUUACCCUGAAGGACUGCAGAAUGGUCUCUGGUUUAUUAGUGGUGCUGUGUAUAUCCCUUCAGCAGGGUACUGACAGACUACGAGACAGUAAUUCAGUUUAUGGUAUCGCUUCUGUGAAUGAAAUUCUUUUCUGAUUGUUUGGGAAAGGAAGUCAAGGUUGACAGCAUUAGCCCCUCAUAAAGGGGGAGUGGAGAGAAAAGCCAGCAGCUGAGUUCAUGGUAAAAAGAGUUUGAAAAACAUUUGUGGCUAAACAACCUUGGAUACUGGAGUUUCCAUCUUUGCCAAAGAAAAAAAAGACAGCAAAAUGACAAUCCAUGAGAUUUGAGGUUAAAAGUUGGGUGUUGCCAAAUAGGAAUUUUCUAUUUCAUUACACUGUACUGCUGCUAAAAUGAUGUGAAGAGAAACGCCAUUUUCUCCCCAAGACAUGUUUCAUGUUAACUGAGUUCCAGCUGGAAGCCAACACAAAUAUAAGAUGUAACUGUCUCUACCAAUAACAUUCCCUUCAGAAGGCUAUCCUACAAUUCGGCUGUGAUGAGGGGGUACUUUAACAAAGUUAAAGCAUCCCUCUCCUACAACAAAACUGUUCCCACCUUAAAAAAAAGGAGUUCCGACCUCACUAAUCUAGUAUCUAGUUUGGUGAAUGAAUUUGAAAUUGAAGUAGGCAAAGAAAGUGCUCCCCAAAAUAAUUCUGGUCAUUUGCCAACUAAAUCCAAGAAUAAGACUCAGAUUACAAAUCUAUAGAUCCUGUAUUGGUUGUUCCAAUCUAGAGAGUUCCCCCAGUGACUCAAUGCUAAAUUCUAAGUCCUAAUUGCAAGGUCAAUGUAUGUGAAAACUGAAAGUCCAGCAUAGAUCCUCAUCUCAUUGAAAAUGUUAUUUGUGAACUUUAAGUAAGUAUUAGAACUCAACUCUGGUUUUUAAUUAGUCUGAAUAAAAAUGCUUUGCUUUCC